AUGGCUACCGUCCAACAUGCAAGAGCGUCGAAUCAUCCAGUAGAGAGGGAAGAGAUGUAUGAUUCAUCGAACAAAGGCAUUUAUAAAACGCUGGCAGUUAUAUCUACGGCCAUAAAUGAGCUUGCUUGCACUCUCCAGCAGAUUCGCGAGCAGCUGCACGGUGUAUCUUCCGCAUGUGCAACUGAACACGAAAAGUUGAGGUCGAAUAAUCAUCCUGAUCAUUUCGAGAUAUUUGCCAUUGCCAUGAAGGAAGUGCAAUCUAAAGCAGCUAGAAUCGAAAUAUUGGAACAAGAGAACCAGUCUUUAAGAGACAGGCUGAUUAGAAUGAUAAGGGCCGGAGAAAAGAGUGUCAUACCUCACCAAUAUACAAGUCCUGUUGACUAUCCCGAUAGACUUAUGUCUAGCAAUGCCUCCAAUCCAAACGGGAAACGGCCUCUGAUACCCCUACAUAGAGAGCAAAGAGUCCACCAUGAUGAUAACACAAUUCCAACCUCCACCAAUGCUACAAGUGUGGAAUUAACCAUUGCCCCAAACGAGAAUGAACUCAUUGAAGAUAACAGCUCGGACGCCGAAGUGGAAGAAAUCCCAGAAUCUUCCAACGGACAGAUAAACGACCAGUCUGCUGAAAAUGAAAAGCCAACUGUAUCGGAAGAAGCGUCGGAAAAGCCUACUUUAAGGCAUAAUCCAGCAAGGCGUCGACGAGGAACAGGGUUAAAAUCAGCCCUGGAACAGACGGUCAGAAGUGAUGCGCGCCCUACCAGUGUCCAGUCAAUUCCACAAAACGAAAAUACUACGAAAGCUGUAGGCGAUGACUUAAUGGCUGAACGGCCUACCAUCUCUGAAGCUGCCAUGGCUGGUGCAAUGGAAGCUGGAGGCAAAGAAGCCGCUACAACGUUUGAUCCGGUUACUAGAGAAAAUGGAACAUCAUACACCCGAGAAACUCGCUUCCGGCCACCCCGUCGAUUGACGAAGCGCCGUCGUGGCCGGCCGAAGGGACUGGCCUCAGAGCACCCAAUGGUUGAAAUUAUUACACCCACAGAUCCGGUCACCGCCGCUCCAAGACCAGAAUCUCCCAAAGAUACUUUAAGAGAUUCGGAGGAUAGAAGAUAUUCCACAAAUACGAGGGAGGAUGAGAAAGAGGCGAACAAGAAGCAACAGGCAGAAAUUGCUGCUCGGGAGCUUCUAGUGCAGGCCGCAAUGCAACGAGAGGAGGCGUAUAUGCUGUAG